UGAAUUAUAUUAGGCUGGUAAACUAAACUACAGUCAAAACGUGUGCGUCACUAUUGCUUUGCACAAAAAGGCAUUCACAGGCAAGGAUAUUCCUGCAAGUGAGAUUGCAAUUUAAUCAACCAUUUAUCGGAUCAUCAAGAACGUCAAGAAGAGGGGUUUAAUUGUUGUAAAAAAAAGAAAAAAAAGGCUUCAGGACUACCAAGAAAGUCCAGGAACAAUCCAGCGAUGGCAUCUAAAGGAGCCAAGGAAACUUUAGCAAAUAAACUUGGUUUUAAAGGCAGUGGCUCAAAGGCUGUAGAAGCUGAGCUUGAGAAGCUGAAAAAGGAAAAUGCCCAUUUGAAGAAGACUUUGGAUGAAAUGUCAAAACGAAAUGGGAGGCAUCAACCAUCACAUCCUGAUUCAGAUAAAGCCAAGCUUUUAGAGAGAAUUCUGUCACUAGAGACGCUGAGGGAAAGAAACGCACAGCAGCUGCUGGCUAAAGAACAGGAGAUCUCCACCAUGAGGCAACAGCUGCGGGCUGAAGGUGGAGAGGUGGUGGCCUCGCUGCAGAACCAGCUGGAAAAGGAAAGGCAGGAGUCGGAAAAUAAAGAGAAACGCAUUCAGAGCCUUUCACAGGAGACUGAGGCCCUGAAAAACAAAUUGGUGGCAGUCACUGAGAAAUUCCAAGCAUGCGAAAAACGCAGUAAUGACAUGCAGGUUCCUUCAGGUGAGAUUGCAGUGGUCGAAGCGCAGCUGCGAGAUGCUCUUGAAAAAAAUCAGCAAUGGAUUGUUUAUGACCAGCAGCGUGAGGUCUAUGUUCAGGGGAUUUUCAGCAGAAUUGCAGAGCUUGAGCAGCAACUAAACCAGGCUAAGCAAACACUCCAACAACAGCACAAAGAGGCUAAUUCAGAAGGUCAGUCAUCUGCCUCCGUGCAGCAGGAGAAACAGCUACAGGAAAACCAGAGGGAGAUUGAUGAGGAACGCAAACGUGUGAGAAACCUACAAGCCGAGCUUGAAGAGAUAAAGUCCAAAUAUGAAGAGAAAAACCGUGAGGUAGUGCGAGCUCAGGAGGAGCUGCUAGAGGAGCGCAGAAGUGGCCGACAGUCUCUAGCAGAGGAACGGAAGCUAAACUCGGAGCGAGUAGCCAGACUGCAGAGCGAGUUAGAGGCCGCAGACGUAAGGUUUGAGGAGGAGAGGAAGCGAGCGGCCGAGCUGCUACUACAGGUGAACCUCCUUCAGAAAUCUCUACUGACACAGCAUGAAGACCAGAAAAGAACAGCUCUUUUAGAACAACAGAUCCAGUUGUCUGCAAGAGAUUUUGAGAAUGAGAAACUGGACCGGCAAAGUCUACAGCACCAGCUCCACAAAGUGCUAAAGGAGCUCCGAAAGGCUAGAGACCAAAUUGCACGCUUGGAGUCAGCAAAACAACAGCGAGAAACCCGGUUCUCUGAGCCGAGCUCGUACACCAGGCUGGAUUUAAAUAAGAUGACAUCUCCGUUGAAAAGCUCCAGCACAUUGGAUGAGAGCUUUUUGGAAUGUCCCAACUGUAGAGCCUCAUAUCCUACAAGCCAGCACAGAGAGCUUCUUGCACAUCUUGACUAUUGUUUUAAUUAAAAAAAAAGAAAUUAUAAUAUUUUUAAGUCUUUGUAUCAGAUUUUUUUUUAUUUUUAUAUUCCAAAAAGUGUUCCCUUUAUUUAGUUUACGAUUAAUCAGUUGUGUUAGUUUAACCCCACGAGCAUUUGCAACUGUAUUGGCUUUUUUUUUUGUUUGUUUGUUUUUUUGGGAUAUUUAAGGUAAAUGUUUUUUUUUUAUUAUUGUUUGUUUUUUAGCAAAUUGAACUUAAAGAUGUUGACAGACUCAUUUUUAAUAGAUGCUGGAAAUGUGCAUGAGUGUAAAUCCUUCUAUUAGACCUAUUUAAAGCAUGGUGAUUAGCUAGACAGUGGGGGAAAAGAGGAUAAGGAUGUCUAAAUUCAGAAAACACAACCAGGUGGGAUACCUUACACAAAACUACCAAGUACUUUGUCUGUUUAUUUCCUUUCCAUGUAAUUUGUACUUUGUACUGACUAAACAUUUUAUAACAUUUAA